AGAGAGAGAGAGAGAGAGAGAGAAAGAGGAAGAGGAAGGAGUGUUAACUUAAAUCAUCGUCAGCUUCCUGAUUGAUCAGACAGACAUAUAGAGGCAGUUCUCUGACAGUUUGAUGAUUUUCUGCAUCAGGAUCAAACUCAGAAUGAAUAUCCACCAUGUUCUGUUCUUCUGCUUCUUAUCAGCACUGCAGGAUGGAAACACUGGACUCGUCAAUGCAAUAGACCUUUAUGCUGGAGCUGAAGGAGGACGUGGUUCUAUUAUUUGCUACUUGACUUCAUCUGGAAGCACCAAGUUCUUCUGUAAAGGAAAAUGUAAAGAAGAAGACAUUCUCAUUAAAACAGAUGGUGUCACAGCUCAGAGUGGCAGAUACAGCAUCAGAUAUGAAGACGGAUCUUCUGGAAGAAGAAUUGUGACUGUGACCUUCACACAGCUGACCAAGUCAGACUCAGGACGGUACAGAUGUGGUUUGGGUGGAUCUUCAUCCCCAGAUGCUUACACUGACUUUGACAUCACAGUUAUAGAUGCUGCAACGUUGGGUGACAACACUAGUUUCAUCCGUGCAGAAACUGUGGGAGGAAGUGUCACACAAGGAUGCCUCAAUACUGUCUAUGGAAGCAGGAAGUUCUUCUGUAAGGAUGAAUGUAAAAAAGAAGAAGACAUCCUGGUUGAAACAGAAGAGAACAGAGCUCAGAAUGGCAGAUACUGCAUUGAAUAUACACAAGGAUCUGUAUUUGGACUGUAUGUGACCAUCACACAGCUGAAGAAGUCAGACACAGGACGGUACAAGUGUGGUUACGGCAGAGCUUCGUCUCCAGAUUCAUCCUACACGUUCUCGAUCUUUGUUGUAGAUGCCAUCUCUGAGGUUUCUCGCCCAGGUUACUUCUGGCCUCUGGUUGUAUUCCUGCCUGUGGUGUUUGUGCUGUUGGCUGUUGUUCUGCUGCUCCUCUACAAACUGAAGAUGAAGAGGAACUCUGGUUUGAACACCAGAGGAACCUCAGACAGCAGAAACAUGGAGUUAUCUGUCAGCAAUGAGAACCGUCCUCCAGUCUCCAUGUAUGAAGACUCUGUCUACCAGAACCUGGAUCCAGACAGCAGGGAUCCGGACUAAACCUACUCUACACUCACAGCAAACACAUGAUGAUGUUUGGAUUUGGAUCUGAAUUGUGCACUGUGCAGGGUAACUUGUGCUGCAAGGUUCCUGUUUUCUACUUUCUUUCUUUUUUUUGUUUAAUCGGCAGAUUUUAUAGCAUGUUUAUUAUCUAUAAACAUGCUAUUUUUCACCUCUCUGCUGAUGAUACAGACCUGAUCAUGUUUCUGAGAAUGUUCAACUUCUUACUUGCUUAUUCUGAAAUUUUCAUUCUGUCUUCAUAAAUGUAGAUGUUGUUUGAUAUUGUUCUUCUACACUUUGAGCCAACUCUGUCUCCUAGAAAUUACAUUCAUGUUCGACUAAAUUGCAACAGCACAUGUUUUGUUAGAAACGUAACGCUGCUGAAUCACAUUUUCUCUCAAAAUGAUGAAAAAAUAU